GCGGUGCAUCGAGUAAGAGAGUAGUUUUAGCUCCGAGCAGGGAAGAAGUGGAGAGAGUUACUGUACGAAGGGGGAAGCCUUUUGUUUGGACUGGAGAACAGUGCAACACGCAUGGAGCGGAAGAUCAAUUAGACGCGUGCGCUCGGAAAUACGCAGAAGCAGCUUUCCAUGCCUCUCGCGUGCCUCUCCCGUCCUUGAUGGGCAACCAACUGGACCGGAUCACGCACCUAAGCUACAGCGAGCUACCCACUGGGGAUCCGUCGGGCGUGGAGAAGGACGAGCUGCGCGUCGGCGUCGCCUAUUUCUUUUCCGACGACGAAGAGGAGCUUGACGACCGGUCGCUCGAGCGCAGCCCGAGCGAGGAGGGCGCCGUGGACACGUUAGACGAGAUCGAGUACUCGGCCUUCUGCUGCCACGAAUGCAUCUUCUCCAAGGUGCGCGCGCGCGAAGACCUGCGCGUGUACCCGGUGCCCACGCUGCUCGCCAUGUGCAAACCGGGCGACGUGCUCGAGCUGGUGGCGAGCGCUCAGGCGCCGCACUGGGCCGUGUUCGAAGGCGAGGACCAGGUGAUCCAUCUGCACAAGGGAGAGAUCCGCAAGGACAGUCUGUUUGACGUGAGCGGCGGCCGCCGCGGGCGAAUCGCUAACGACCGCUACCGUUUCCGGCCGCUGCCACCUGACCUGGUUGUGCGUAAUGCGAGCGGCCACCUGGGGCUAAACCGCGCCGACGUGUGCUGGACGAGCUCAGAGAGCUUCGCCGCAUGGUGCCGCUUCGGCAAGCGCGAGUUCAAGGCUGGAGGCGAGGCGCAUUCAGCCGGUCAACGUUACCUGCUCAAGGUGCACCUGUCCGAGAGCACAGUGCACACGCUCGUCUUCCGCAGCCUCGAGGAGCUCAUACGCGAACGGAGGCGCGUGGACGCCAGUGGAAUUCUGGAGGAGCUUUCUCUGCUCGAUGGCAAGCAGUAAACGGAUUUUUGGAGGUCGUUUUUUUUUCUUUAGGUCUCUUAUUUUGGUUGUUGAGAAAAGCAUCGCGGUCACAGUGUGGGGACUCUACACGCGCCUGCGGCACGGACAGCGCGUGUACCUUUCAUGCAAGACUUUUAAGGAAUGUGCGCUUUUCAUUUUAAAGCUCAGUGUUUGCAAAGACAACGCCCUUUAUGGCUCGUGCCGUGUGAUCCGGUGCACUCCAAAACACCACAGACCUUCAACAGAAUAAACCAAUGCCCAUUGACCAUAGUGCAAACUGGACGCCGGGAAGCUCAGCCAAGCCGCAAAGGAUCUGGAACGGAUUGUGGCAGAUGGUGCGCGCUCCGGAUUCUUCCUUUCUUUCGUGUUAUUUUAAAAAGAAAAAAAAAAAACACCCAAAAGCUUUAGCAUUAAAGACGCGCCGCGGAGAUCACGCGCCACUGCGUAACGACUGUGAUCCGAACACGGCGACCUUUACACACGUCUGGCAUUUCUUUUAUGACAACACGCAAAAAUGUACAUUAUUCUCAUUUCUUUUUCGGAGUCCAUAUUUUUGUAUUUUAGUUAGGCAAGGAAAUCUUUGUUUUAUUGAAAUAAAACUUAGAUUGUUCUCUGAA